UCCGGCCGGGCUCGGGGCGUCCGGCGCCGCCAUGAGCUUCCUCAAGAGCUUCGCGCCGCCCUGCUCGGCCGACGGGCUCCGGCAGCAGCAGUCGGACACCGAAGCCGUGCUCAACGGCCGCGGCCUGGGCACCGGCACGCUCUACAUCGCCGAGAGCCGCCUGUCUUGGUUGGAUGGCUCUGGAUUGGGAUUCUCCCUGGAAUACCCCAACAUUAGUCUGCAUGCGGUGUCCAGGGACCUCACUGCGUUUCCAAGAGAGCAUUUAUAUGUCAUGGUGAAUGCCAAAUUUGGAGAGGAAUCUAAAGAACCUGUUUCUGACGAAGAAGAUGAAGACAGUGAUGAUGAUGAAGAGCCUGUUGCUGAAUUUAGAUUUGUACCUAGUGAUAAAACAGCUUUGGAGGCGAUGUUCACUGCAAUGUGUGAGUGCCAGGCGCUGCAUCCAGACCCUGAGGAUGAAGAUUCAGAUGAUUAUGAUGGUGAAGAAUAUGAUGUGGAAGCACAUGAACAAGGCCAAGGGGAUAUCCCUACAUUUUAUACCUAUGAGGAAGGAUUGUCUCACCUAACAGCAGAAGGCCAAGCCACUCUGGAACGGUUAGAAGGGAUGCUUUCUCAGUCCACGAGUAGUCAGUACAACAUGGCUGGCGUCCGGACAGAAGAUUCCUUACGGGAUUAUGAAGAUGGGAUGGAGGUAGAUGCUGCUCCCGCCGUCGCUGGUCAGUUUGAGGAUGCAGAUGUGGACCACUGAGAUUCAUUCGCGUGCUUUGAGAUUCUGCUCAUAACUGUGGGAGAGAACUUGGUGCUGGUGCCUUUUCCAUUGUGGUCUGGGUAUUGAUGAAAGUCUUUUUCCGUCUCCAUGUUCUUCUGAACCAGUUAUUUUUCAGGACAGAUAUACAGAGACAACAUGCUGUCAUUAGCAGAAGAAACUUUGACCAUUGUUUUCAAAGGUGAAUUAACUUUAUCAAGAGGGAAUUUGUAGUUUAUUAUUUACUCAAAACAUUCUGUCUAGGUGCCCUCUGAGUCGGCCUGCAUUUCUGCAUUUCUGGAAUGUGGCAGACCUAAGAGGUGAAAGCAUAGGAGUUGGGGUGUAGAUAGGUUGGAAAGUGAAAGAAGUGAAUCAAAUAACUAGACCUUAGGUUCACCCUUGAGCUAGGAAGAGGUCUCCCAGCAGCUUGGUCUUGGGCCGUCUUCACAGGAGUGACCCAUUGACUGGCUGUAGCCUGGCCCUCAGUUCUCUGCUUAACCUUCGCUGUACUGUGCUUGCAGCUUGGCCAUACGUCCUUGAACACCAGGCCUGCCCAGACUUCCUUGAGUAGGUCACAGGCUGUUUGUCUGUCCUAUCCUUAAGGCUUUUGAUUUCUAGCUUUCGUUCAUUUUGUGGAACAGUAUAGUAAAGGUAGGGUCAAGUCCUCCAAGUAAUUCAGGUGAUAACCCUAUUUGGUCUUUGUAAGAGCUUAACAAAUAAAUCUAGGUUUUCUAUUAUUACUGUGUUCUCAUUAUUUCCUGAAGCCAUUCAUGAGAGUUGGGUUUUUAAAAAAAAAAAAAGCCUGGCAGGAAGUAGGAAUCUGGUGGUGCUAGGGACCACUCUGGUGGUGAUACCCAUGGCCCACUGAUAAAACCUAUGCCUUGUGUUUGCCAAGCAUGUUGUACUCUUACCUUUGAGCUGUCUGCCACCCUUAAAAUAAGAAAAUCCUGUUGGGCUUACUCAGCUUUUGUUGAGGACAAGAAAAUAAAAUGAAUGAAUAACCA